CUAUGUAUAGGAAGAUAAGGCGUGGCCACAACAAUUGAUGUCGGUCAUCAAAUUUAUAAUAUCCAUGGUAACAUCAAAAUUUUAAAUAAUGAGUUCUACAACAGUUGUAGGUUUGCUCAGCAGCGGGGAUUUCCACCAAGCCAAGCAUGUUUUAAAGGAACUUAGCGUGGAUUUACCGAGUCAUCUACAACCACCUCAGUGUCAACCAUUGAUGGAGUUUCAGUGGGUAGACUAUGUCCAACAAAUGAAAAAGGAACGUGGUGGAGAUGUUUGGGGUUUCAAUGGAUCUGUGGUGGUAUUUGUGAAUGAGGAGUUUGUAGGAGAACUUCAGUCCCUCUUAUACUGGGCAGAGCAAAACUUUGGACGCGUGGACUUUCAAUCUGACUAUGUGGGUCAAGCUAAGAGUGCUUAUAAUGCUCAUAUCGGCAAUCCAAAGAGGGACUUUGUAUACAUGGAUAUCUGUGUGGAGGGAGAUUUGAUUGGACGAAUUGUGUUUGAGCUGUACAAAGAUUUGUGUCCAAAAACAUGUGCCAACUUUGUAGCUCUCUGUACUGGAGAGAAAGGAAAAUCCUCCAAUGGGACUCAAUUAUCUUACGUCAAUUCCAUAAUGCAUAGAGUAGUUCCCAAUGGAUGGAUACAGGGGGGAGACAUUUGUGGUGGUAGUGGAGCCAAGGGGGAGUCCAUUUAUGGCAACACUUUUGAAGAUGAAAGUUUUGCCAUUAGCCAUGAUAGUCCUGGUAUACUGGGCAUGUGCAACCAUGGUAAAAACACCAACAACUCUCAGUUUUACAUUAUCCUAAAGCCUUCUACCUGGAUGGACCGACAAUAUGUUGCCUUUGGUCGUGUUGUUGAGGGUAAGAGAGCAUUGCAAAAGAUUGAAGGACUGGAGACCUACAAUAAUCGUCCAAACAAACUGUGUCAAAUUUCUAACUCUGGCGUUCUUACUCCGAUAGCAGACACUAUAAAUUAUGUUGAAUAGACAAUUGAACAAUGCAUAAUUAUAAUAACAUUAUAAUUUAACAUUAUAAUCUUUAUGAUUGUUAUUGCUCAUUUCCCCUUCUCUUUAAAGUAGUCACCUGCAGUCAAGAAUGAAUAAUAAUCGUAUGAUG